GGUAACCGAUGGCGGAAACUCAUUAACAGUUACGUUUGGCAGUCUGCCACAGCCACAAAUGAGCGUUAACAUCCAUUAAGCGGCAUAGGCACCCCCAUUUGCCAACAUAUUCCCUACUAUUUAUUACAAUACUUUUGUGUGUUUGAUGCGAAAAUGAGAUUUAAUUUGGUUAAAACAUCCGUUGCAAUUUUUUGUCUUAUAUUUGUGCAAAUCUAUGGCAUACAAGAUGCCAGCGGAAAGCGAAUUGUUAGUAAGUAUGAGCGCAUCAUGCAGAUGUACCCCCAGCCGGACACGGGCAGCGAAUCCUUGCAAUGGCGAUCCGUCGGCAAGGACAUGCUGCAUCCCUGCAAGCGGGAGUGCGUGGAUCAGCAGCCAAUGACCUGCUACUACUACCUGGUGGUCCACUACGACGACACGAUGGCGGCGACCUGCAAGCGCCUCCUUCAGACCAAAUAUCGUUUCAAACUGGCCAAUGGCAAGGAGUACAUCGAUAGCUCCAAGGUGUCCGCCAACGAUGACUGCAAGUACGCCGACGGUCUGGAGUCCAAGGUGAUGGUCGUGAACGGCCGCCUGCCCGGGCAUUCCAUCGAGGUCUGCUACGGGGACACCAUCGUGGCGGAUGUGAUCAAUAGCAUGCACGAGACGACCACCAUCCACUGGCAUGGCAUGCACCAGCGGCUCACCCCGUUCAUGGACGGUGUACCGCACGUCACCCAGUAUCCGAUUGAGGCCGGACAGGCCUUCCGCUAUCGCUUUCAGGUGGAUCAUGGCGGCACGAAUUGGUGGCACAGCCACACCGAGCAUCAGCGGGCCUUCGGGCUGGCGGGGCCACUGAUUGUUCGGCAGCCAGCGAAGCUCAAUCCCCAUGCGCAUCUUUACGACUUUGAUCAGACGGAGCACGUGAUCAUGAUCCAGGACUGGGUGCACAACUUUGUGGAGAGCGUGGCGGAGAAUAUUCUGAUCAAUGGCCGGGGACGGAACAUGAAAAAGGGCAGCAAGGUGAGGCCCACACUGUAUGCCCACUUUCCGGUCAUACGGGGCGGACGGUAUCGCUUCCGUGUCAUCUUCAAUGGGGUGUCCAACUGCCCGAUCAGCCUGAGCAUCGACAAUCACGAUCUGGUGGUGAUUGCCAGCGAUGGCAAUGACAUCGAGCCCGUUGAGGUGCAGAAGAUCAUGUUCCACGGCGCGGAGAGAUUCGAUUUUGUGCUGCACGCCAAUCAGGAGGUGGCCAACUACUGGAUCCGCAUCAAGGGCUACAGCUUCUGUGCCAAGAAUCAGCUGCAUCAGGAGGCGGUGCUCCAUUAUCAAGAUGCCGAUCCCAAGGUCUUGGACACGCACACCCUGAGCUAUGCCUACGAUGCCCCCGGCAUAAUGCUGAACGAGCUGGGCGAUGACACCGGCGGCAACAGUGCCCAGAGCAUAUCGCUGGCCACUCUCAAUGCACAGCGUGCGGAGCCGGUGAUGAAGCCGGCAGCGACAUUCUACACUAGCAUGAACGCCUUCCAGAUAACCGGCGAGGGAUUCCGCUUCCAAAUGGACGACAUCACCUUCAGCAUGCCGAAGAUGUCGCUGCUGCAGACCCGCAACCUGGGCAUCGGGCAGUACUUCUGCAACAGCUCCCAGCAGGCGCACAUGGGCUUCAACUGCAAACAGCGACAUUGCCAGUGCUCGAAUGUCAUCCAGGUGCCGGCGAACAAGAAUGUGGAGUUUGUUAUUUCCAGCAAGUCGAACACACCGCAUCCCGUCCACCUGCACGGCUACACGUUCCAAGUGGUGGGCAUGGGAGUGCUGGGCGAGACGAAGAUUGGCCAGAUCGAGGAGAUCGAUCGACUCAAGCCAUUGCCGCGACGGGGACGCAGUGCACCGCUAAAGGAUUCGGUGCAGGUACCAGCCUUUGGCUACACCAUUAUACGCUUCUACAGCGACAGUCCCGGCUAUUGGAUGUUCCAUUGUCACAUUUCGCCGCACUCAGAGAGUGGUAUGGCGGCCGUGGUGCGGGUCGGCGAGGAUGUGCAGAUGAAGAUGUGUCCCGUCAGCAAUUGCGGCCUGUGCAGCUCCGUCUCGUGAUCGAAUUUCACACUGUAUGCAUAAUAAAAUAAUAUUCUACGGAUGGCA